CGCAGGCGCAGAGCGGGCGGCGGCUCCGGGAGCCGCGCCGGGGAUUGCGCCGGGAACUGCAGCCAUGCCGGGGCUGCUGCUGGGGGAUGAGGCGCCCAACUUCGAGGCGGACACCACGCAGGGUCGCAUCCGCUUCCAUGACUUCCUGGGAGAUUCGUGGGGCAUCCUGUUCUCCCACCCGCGGGACUUCACCCCCGUGUGCACCACGGAGCUGGGCCGGGCGGCCAGGCUGGCCCCCGAGUUCAGCAAGCGCAACGUGAAGAUGAUCGCGCUCUCCAUUGACAGCGUGCAGGACCACCUCUCCUGGUGCAAGGACAUCAAUGCCUACAACGGGGAGCAGCCUGCAGAGAAGCUGCCCUUCCCCAUCAUUGCUGACAAGAACCGGGAGCUGGCUGUCAAGCUGGGCAUGCUGGACCCGGACGAGCAGGACAAGGACGGGAUGCCCCUGACCGCUCGUGUGGUGUUCGUUUUUGGCCCGGAUAAGAAGCUGAAGCUCUCUAUCCUGUACCCAGCCACCACUGGGAGAAACUUUGAUGAGAUCCUGAGAGUGGUGGACUCCCUGCAGCUCACAGCAUACAAGAAGGUUGCUACCCCCGUGGACUGGAAGCCCGGUGACAGCGUCAUGGUCGUGCCUACCUUACCUGAUGAGGAGGCCAAGAAGCUCUUCCCCAAAGGGGUCUUCACCAAGGAGCUGCCAUCAGGCAAGAAGUACCUGCGCUACACCCCACAGCCAGAGUGAGGGCUCUGUCUGUCUGUCUAUCUGUCCUGCUGGUGUGCUGGAGCCUUCCUGAGCCCAGCUCCUGCCCCUCUGACACCCCACGACCCAUGGCCUCGUCUGUCACACUGCUGCUGCAGCCCUGAGGGCAGCCCUGAGCCAGCCCUCCGUCCCUGGGUGUUCUGCUGCCUCGGACCAGCCCUGAGCCAGCCCUGAACCAGCCCUCCUGUCCCUCCAUCCCCAUCCCUCAGAACCAGCUCCUGGGUGUUCUUCUGCCUCGGACCAGCCCUGAACCAGCCCUCCUGUCCCUCCAUUCCCAUCCCUCAGAACCAGCCCCUGGCUGUUCUCCUGCCUUGGACCAGCCCUCCUGUCCCUCCAUUUCCAUCCCUCAGAACCAGCCCCUGGGUGUUCUCCUGCCUUGGACCAGCCCUGACCCAGCCCUCCUGUCCCUCCAUUCCCCAGAACCAACCCCUGGCUGUUUCCCUGCCUCAGUCCUGCCAGGAGCACACGAGCAGCCCAGUGGGGACUGCAGGGCUCCUGCUGUGGUGUCCCUCCCAUUUGGUGCCAGCCUCGAGGCGUGGUGAGGAGGGGUGUCCUGCUGGGACAGGGAGCUCUGGGGGCUCCAAGCUGCUGUGUGCCUUUCAGAGCAGCCAUCUAACCUGUGGUCCAUGAGUAGGGAGGAGCUGCAGAGCUAAAUCUCUCACCUCUUAAUUGCUUUCUCGUCUCUUGCUGGAAGGUGAUGGUUUCCAGGUUUUGUGGAAGAGGGAAUCAAGCAAAUAAACUGACCUUCAGUACUA